UUAAUAAUUAAUAAUACUUUGAUAAUUUGAUUAUUUUCACAUUUAACUUUAAUUUAAACUUAACAAUUGUCAUUUAAAUUUAACUUUAGUUUUUCAUAUUAACUUUAACGUCAUACCAAUUAGUUAACUACAUAUGACAACUUAGUCAUUUUCAAAAAUUUUAAAUAAUUUUAAUAACACAGAUGUCGCUAGGAACUAUUGUUUCCGUCAGCAGGCUGUCGUUUUGAAUAUUGUCAGUAACAGCUGUUCUUUGUACGAAUGGUGGCCAUUUUGUUAAAAAAAACACAUUAAAUGUGAUUUUUAACAUUUAAGGGUUUUUUACCCUAACCAGUGGUUAUAUCCCUGGGUUAAUUUUUAAAAUAUAGAAUGUGUUUGUUCGAAGUUUUCUCUUCUUUUGAGGUUUUUACACCUAUAAGACGAUAGCUCUGAUGAUGGCAUUAAUAUGCUGAAAGUACUUAGCUGAUUUAAUAAAUUAAUUUACACACUAUCAGUCUUUUGAAAACAUACACCAGUUCCCGUUUAGAUUUAUAUAGAAGUGUGUACAAGUCAAACAGUCUUUUUCUAUUCAUUAUCUACAGUAUGGUAGUUGACUUUAGUAAAUACCUAAGACUGUCAAAGAAGAGAGAGUUGCUGAACAUCGACAUUUGGUUCAUCCACAAAUGCAUUAAAUUCAAAGUUACACCAACUUUUGCAAAAUGUAAGGUACCUUCCACUGCUACUCUUAAUUUUAAGUCACAAAUAGAAAGGAAAUUUCUUCAAAAAGAACUUUGUAAACAUCAUGCUCAUUUAGAUAAGAUUAAUGUUCAGCUUAAAAUACUUUAUGACAACAUUGUAAGAGAGGUUCCGUUUGAUAAUUUCAGAGAUUCCAUAGCCAAUCAUUUAGAUAAUUUAGAGUACAUAAAACAGUCCAAAUUCAAUAGAGUAAAUAACAAGCUUCACAAUUUGAUAAAAAAGAAAAAUAAUCUCAACAGUAAUAGUCAAAACACUAAUAGAUUGAUGGGUUCCUUUAAGUUUAGAUUUCACAAACGUACAGUUAACUUGUCAACUUGCUCUUUCACUAAUAAAGAACUUGAUUUUCUGUCCAACGGGUUAAAAUUCUCUACUCUAGUACCUUUUAACAAUAAAAUGGUUGAGGAAUUUUCAGUUGACAUUGAUACCGUAAUAGAAAGCUUACCUUUAGACAACAUUUCUAAAACUAACUUAAAAAGCAAUUGUUUUCUUUCUUUACAAAAAGAUCUGAUCAAAUUUAAUAACAAUGUUAAUAACAUUAAAACCAAAUGUUUUAAACAACUCCAUUUGAUUAGACAAUUAUCCUUCAAACUGAAAAGUAAUAACCUCAUCAUAACUAAAGCUGACAAAGGCAACUGCCUCAUCAUCAUGCAUCAUAGUGAUUAUGUUCAGAAAACUGAAGAGUUUUUAAGAAAUAACAACUUUGACAUUUUAGAUAGAAAUCCUCUAAAUAAAUUAAUCACUAACCUAAAAAAUACCUUAUCUAAACAUAAAGAUUUCCUACAAUUACAUAAAACGAAAGAAAAAACCUUCAUUUUGUCAAAUCCUCAAAUACCUAGACUAUAUGGUUUACCAAAAAUUCACAAACCGAAUGUUCCUAUGAGACCAGUGGUUAGCUUUUACAACACACCAGUUGUUACAUUGUCUAAAUUCAUUAAUUCCAUUUUACAAUCUACAAUAACUUUACAACCUUCUUAUUCUGUCAAAAAUUCUACCGAUUUAGUAAAUAAGCUGUCAGUUUUAAACUUACCUAGAGACUUCUUUCUAGUUUCUUUUGAUGUAAGUAAUUUGUUUACUAAUGUACCUAGAGAUGAAACCAUUCCUUUAGUGGAGGAUUUACUUAUUAAAAGUAAUAUUAAUAGAGUUUCAAUUCCUCACUUGUUGGAUUUACUUAAAUUUUGUUUAUCGCAAGAUUUCUUCACCUUUAACGAUAUUAUUUAUAGACAAGCACAAGGCUUGGCAAUGGGGAAUCCUUUAUCACCUUUGCUAGCAGAUUUGUUUCUUAACAACCUCGAGGUUAACAUAUUUGAUAAUAAUUCUUCGAACCAAAACUCUUUCCAAAAAAUCUUAUACUGGUUCAGGUAUGUUGAUGAUGUAUUGGCUAUUAUAGAUGGCAAUUCUACAGAUGCUGAAAAUAUUCUUUAUUUGCUCAACAAUUUACAUCCAGCUAUAAAUUUCACUCUAGAAACCGAGUCCAACAAGUCUAUAAAUUUUCUAGACCUUACUUUAACUAGGAUGGACAGUAAAUUAAUUUUUUCAGUCUUUAGAAAACCUACUCAGACUGACCAUACCAUCCCUAGAUCUUCUAACCAUCCCUUUCAACAGAAGAUGGCUUCCUUUUAUUGCUACAUCCAUCGUUUACUUAGUCUACCAUUAUCAGAUACUAAUUUCAAUUCAGAAUUAGAUAUUAUCAAACAACUUGCAUAUAGUAAUGGUUACUCCCCUACUUUAGUUGAUAACAUCCUCAACAAAUUAAGGAGUAAAAGGAAUAGAUCCCUAGCUUACAAUCCUGUUCUUAAUAAUUCCACUACAGCAGUUAUGUAUAGAUCAAUAUCAUACAUAGGUUAUCCUUCAGAUAAUAUAGCCAAAAUCCUAAAUAACAUCCCCAACCUUAAACUAUCAUUCAAAUGUAAGGAAAAUAUCAAAUCUAUUUUUUCUCACACCAAAGAUAAAAUUGGAAAAACAUCAAAAAGUGGUAUAUACAAAUUGUCCUGUGGAGACUGCCCUGUUACCUAUGUGGGGAGAACUAUGCGACCUUUGGAAACACGCAUCAAAGAACAUUUGUCUAAGAUUGACAAAUCUAGUUUUGGCAAUCACUUACAUGCUUCUAAACAUAACUUCAGUCCCCAAAGAGAUAGUAGGAUUCUACAUAGUAUACCCAUUAACAACUAUACAAAAAUGAAUUUAUUAGAAGACUUAGAAAUUAGCAGGGAAUUAAAAAGAAAUCCUCAAAAUUGUGUUAACACCCAGGUUCAAUUAAAUUGUAAAUUUGAUCCAAUCUUUAAGAAGUUUCUUUAAUACUGUUAUAUUCAGCAUGCCCAACAAUUGCUCUAGUUUUUUGAACAUUACUUUAUAACAUAUUUGAAUUUUCUUUCAUUGAUUACAAUUAAAUUAAAUAUUUUCGAUUUGGCUUUUUUAAUAAUAAUAUUGUUUUCAAACAGUUUUGGAACUCUGAGCUUGUCCAACGGUGCUUCUCCUUGGUUUUCAUCUAUCUCACUUCUAUAUUUGGUCAGAACUGACUGGUUGUUUGGUUUUUUUAAUAAUUAAUAAUACUUUGAUAAUUUGAUUAUUUUCACAUUUAACUUUAAUUUAAACUUAACAAUUGUCAUUUAAAUUUAACUUUAGUUUUUCAUAUUAACUUUAACGUCAUACCAAUUAGUUAACUACAUAUGACAACUUAGUCAUUUUCAAAAAUUUUAAAUAAUUUUAAUAACACAGAUGUCGCUAGGAACUAUUGUUUCCGUCAGCAGGCUGUCGUUUUGAAUAUUGUCAGUAACAGCUGUUCUUUGUACGAAUGGUGGCCAUUUUGUUAAAAAAAACACAUUAAAUGUGAUUUUUAACAUUUAAGGGUUUUUUACCCUAACCAGUGGUUAUAUCCCUGGGUUAAUUUUUAAAAUAUAGAAUGUGUUUGUUCGAAGUUUUCUCUUCUUUUGAGGUUUUUACACCUAUAAGACGAUAGCUCUGAUGAUGGCAUUAAUAUGCUGAAAGUACUUAGCUGAUUUAAUAAAUUAAUUUACACACUAUCAGUCUUUUGAAAACAUACACCAGUUCCCGUUUAGAUUUAUAUAGAAGUGUGUACAAGUCAAACAGUCUUUUUCUAUUCUAU